CUCAAACCGCGUUCGCUGAUUGGCUGAGGACAUCCGAGGUGAAAGUUGAAACUUCUGUCCGCAACUGUCAACGGAGCAAGCGGCAAAAGAAAUAGUUUCAUACGAGCGCAGUCAUUACUUCAUGCAGUUAGUUUGAAGGACCUAUAGAAUGAGAGAAAUGAGCGGUACAGUUCGGCAGAUCGCUGUAACUACUGAUCCAGGCACCCCCUACUUCUUGCAAGUGAACUGGGCUGUAGAUCUGGGAGCUGGGUUCACGCUUGUACUGACUGAUGGCAGCUCGGCUUGGAUCGGAGAAGUUACAGAAGAUGAGGUGACAAAGGAGGCCAGUGAGCGCGAAGUCAGUAGGGAAACAUAUGUUGAAGAUCUUCUUCGAGCGCUAACAAAAGGUGAAGACAGAGGAGGAGGCGGCGAGGAGGUGUAUUCUUUCCACCUCACGACAGAUCACUGUCAUCUGUCGUAUCAGAAGACGUGCAACAACAUUUCGGUGCAUUUGGGAUCUGUGGAGCUCCAGCCAGCUCAACACCCUCUAGAGCUGAACCGAGAGAUGAUUGGCCAGUCCCUGAAGCUCAGCACAGACCUGGAGUCAAGAAACAGCCAGCUGUUGAAGGAGAACCGUAGACUGAAACACGAGCACCAGCGAAUUCUUCGAGAGUAUGGAAAAGCUAAAAAAAAAGCUGCAUUGAUAGAUGCAAAAGUGUGUGCAGUGUGGGAUCAAAUGGAAAGUACCAGGACAGUAUUUUCUCAGGAUCCUCAGCACUGGUUAGAGCGGCAGGUUCAGGAUAAGGAGAGACUGGAAGGAAAGCUGUACUCACGUUUCGUCAUGGUGCUGAAUGAGAAGAAGGCCAAGAUCCGAGGCCUGCAGGACACCAUGCGCCACCUCCAGGAGACGUCUGAGCAGCAGACAGACGAGAAACGGCAGCAAAGCAAUGAUGCAACUCAGGACACAACAGCAGAGCAAAGCUAUCAUCCCUCUCAGGAGUCAACUGUCCUCAUCACAGGUCGGGAGCUGGUGUGUCAGGGCAUCUCUCUGGACCGGACAGACACCUAUGAUGAAGAUGAACAACCGAGAGGCAAGCGCAAGUUGCUUCACAGCUCGAGCCCUGAGACACCUGACCGGGAUUAAAGCAGCACAACCUUAAAUCCAGGAGUCAUCUGCAAGAUCAAUGCCUUUAAACGUGACGCCUCUCUGGACAACAGACUUUUCUUUGUAGCUAAGCGAGCUAAUCAGCCCUCACCUCAACAUACACAACCAAAACAGUGACAGCCAGGCAGCAGUGUGUUGCAGGCAUUUCCAGAUUUGAUAUCGGAUGUCAUCCAAGAUUGUGAAAGCGAUUUUCAGAAAGACGGAGUAUGUUACUGUCAUCUGGUUUGCUUUAACCGUAGCAAUUACCUGCCACAGCUCCAGAGAGACUUGCUGCUUGUCUCUUGUCCUCAAUAAAUCAAAAGAAGAACAAUUAAUGACGCCAUCUCUUCCCCAAACUCUACACUGUGUGCUCAGUGCUGCUGUAAAGACCUUUGCCAGAUGUGUUAGUGAUCAUGUGAUAACAGCACUUGACGGCCUCCAGCGCUUCCUCAGGAUGACUUUGCUGCUAAUGACCUAGAGAACAUGGCAGAGGAUCUGGACUAAGAGUAUGGAAGCAAUUUCUCAACAGUUCGACUUCGCCCAGAGCUCGAAUUUGGUUGCCAAGCCCCUCGGCCUUGGCUCCGUGUGAGAGCAGAGAAGGAGUCACGACUACUGAGGGACAACAGGCUACACCCAGAAAACAGGGUGUCGCCACCAAGGAACUGAAAGCUGCUUUAUUGCCGCUUAUUCAUCAUGUGUUGUUGAUGUUUUCUUCCCUCUUUUCAUUAUGGAACUAAGCCAUUGCUUUCGUCUCCACUUUCUAAACUAGCAUUUAGUUGGACCUCCUCCCCCUUUUUCUCGUUUAUGUCUGCCCUUUUAUUCGGUGGACGUUCUGCGGCCCUGGCUACCUGGGGGGUGUUCUGCAGGGGGCUAAUAGGGUUAUGUUGUAUUCACCUCCUUACCUUUUCCUUUACUUAGCAGCUACCAGCUUUAGGCCUUGAGGUCCUUGGGUCAUCCCAGUGUGAGCCUGUGGCGACCUACAGAGAGUUUUUAUCUGACUAUUCUACUUUUAACUUCUCGACCCCUUGUCCCGCCUUCUUAAGGAAUUUGAUGAUACCUAUACAUCUGCCAACGGCCACAAAUAGUCAUGGUGAUAAUCCCACAUGCUGGAUCAGCAAUCGUAGCAGGAAGGUCACACUUUCUCCCGUGUAAAUCCCAUCAACAAGGAAUUUGACUCAGGCAAUCCUGAUUAGUGACUAAGGAUGAGCAAUUGACAUGUGCUUAGCAGAAGUAAAACUUCUCAAGCCUUUUGCUCUUUUGAAAUCACUAAAAAGUGUAACAGUUGAUUUGUUAAACUAUUUUAUACAUACUGUAUCAGAGAAUUUAUAUAUAUAUAAAAUGUAAAAUCUUAUAAAUGAAACAAAUUUACUUUGUAAGGUGCUAAGGACAUCAGCAUGGAAAUUAAAAAUGCUGAAUUGCAAAAUAUUUGUGUUCUUGUGUCAUUGUUUAAUCCAUUUCCAUCUGAUCUAAUCUGGUUUAUUAGGUUGAAAGCCAUGGCUGCUGAGAUUAAGAUUUGGGGCAGGAUGGUUCAAGACUUCAGGUUAUUUGGUGAUAUACAUAAUUAUAUGCAAGAAAUAUUGAUGCAACAGUGGUACAUGGUACAUGUUUGAUUAAGAGACAUUCCAGAUGUUUAAUGGUCUUUAUGUGCUUCCCAUUGUAUUUGAGAAUAAACCUGCAGUUACAACCCUGUGGCCUUUUAGCAGAGGCCCUUCAACCCCGGCAGAAAGGGACCACACUUUGUGAGAGAGCGAUGAUGGCUGUGUCAGCCUGAAAUUAAAUAUUCAGUCAGUUGCUUAUCAUCAUCAUUCACUUACUGUGCACACCUGUAGGACUUCCAUCAUCCAGAGAAAUGGCAUGAGAGAUCCUGCUGUUCCACCAUCAGGACAAAGUGGCCUUUGUGCGUAGUUCUCACUCCACACCGUUACACUGUAAGGUUUCUGUGUGUAGAUAUGUAGAUUAAAAAUUGAAAAUUACAUCUUAUUUCCUUAUCAGUGUGCAAUAAAACACAUAAAUUAUUAAAAUCUAAACUGUAUUUUGAACAACAUACUAUACUGUGUAUUACUGACAAACCUUCUUCAGUCCUUUUACUACAACAGGGGCCACCGCUCCACGUUACAUUUCUGAUUUCUAGUCAUGGAGUCUGGUUUACACGUUCUGCCAGUGGUAAAGAAUAUCUGCUUUGUUUCAGCUCAGGUAUUAAACGAUCCUUUUGAUCAUCCCAAAUAACGAGCAGUUUCUCUUUGAGAUGCUGGUGUGAACCAAUUGGCCUAAUUAUUUGAAUUAAGCCAAAUGCUCUGCAGGCUUUUAAGGAGAUGGUAGUAGAACAUUAAGUGUGUGAUAAUGACAACCUGCUGCCGAGUGUGUGGGAGGGAGGCUUUCUCUUCUUUCACUCGGGCCGUUUUCAUCCAUUCAUCGGUCCAACUUUCAUUCUUUUAUUCUGGCGCUUCCUAAAAACGACCAGCAAAUUUCAAUCGGCACUUAGCGGUUUGAAAUGCCGUGUACAGUCUACGACCCGGGGCCCAGGCAUUUUAACGAUCCACCAGAAGAGACUUUGCACAUUUACCAAAACAUCCCUUAAAAUUGUAAUUGAGACCAACAAAACCAAAAUGACUUUUUACAGCUGACUUGAUUUUCUCAUGACUGGGGAUGCAUUAUGUUAUUAUCUUAACUUUAGUCAGACUUAGUCAGAGACCAGAUCAUGGACCAGCUGUCCACAUUGCCUUUCCCAUGUAGGCCUAAUUGCUGCCUGGCUCAAUAACUGACUCACGCGCAAGUACAGUAAUGUAUGACCCACUUGGGAACUUUCCACAGGGAGUGAACAGGAAUUUUCACAUGGUCUGGGCGAAGAUAAGAUAAGAUAAGAUAAGAUAAGAUAAGAUAAGAUAAGAUAAGAUAAGAUAAGAUAAGAUAAGAUAAGAUAAGAAAAAACCUUUAAUAGUCCCGUAGUGGGGAAAUUACUUAUGUCCUGGAUCACACAUUUUAAAUACCUUGGUGCUAAAUUAUCUUGUGUGACAUUUACAUUUCAUUUGAAAUAUUGUAAUUCUGACUCCCAGGAGUUCAUGUAUAGGCUCAUUGCAGCAAAAGGGUUGGGGUUCGGGAAUGGAAUGGAAUGGUUCCCACAAUGCUGUGUAAUGUUAACCUCAAUUGGCCAAGUCCUAUGACGUGAGCAUUGUCUGUUUCGCGUUAUCAAGCCAUUUUCCCUGGUCCCCCACUCUCUCUCCCUGCUCCUUCUUAGUGUUUGUACCUUUGCCAUCCGUUCAGAUUAAAGUGGUUUGCUAGAAGGCAACAGACGCUGUGAUUCACUGGGUUCCAGUCUGCAGCUUUGUUAGAGCCAUUUGAAACAGCUUUGGCCAUAAGGUUUUGCACAAUCUGAAAACUCAUUACAUUAGUUUAGCCUUAAUAAUAUUUAAGUGAUUAAUGCUGUUUAAAUAGAUAAUUUCACUGGCACAUGUGAUUCAGACAAACGUAGGAGAGCUGGAGUUGGGAAAAUGAUCCUUUCAUUACAUUUAGCCUUUGUCUGGAGUUUGCCAACGCCCCCUGGCUAAAGAGUAGACAGAUGUAAUGGCUAAGCACAGUUGUGUGAUAUUAUCCUUUAAUACAGAAAAGGUUUCCUUAUAGUAAAACUGACAUAUACAGAGUUUAAACAAACCUGUUCAAAAUAUUACAUCAUGAUUAACAGAUGUUAACGGGAUUUUUUUUUUU